UCUCUCUCUCUCUCUCUCUCUCUCUCUCUCUCUCUCUCUCUCUCUCUCUCUCUCUCUCUCUCAAAGUUACAAACGCACCCACAUUUGUGAUUUAUCAUGUACAGUCACUCGCUGUAAAAAUGUAAAUAAAUGGACGUGCACAAAAGUGUACGAGAGUGACCGUGAUUUCCCUCUUACGACUUGAUAUAAUACUUAUUCGGUUUGAGUUUAUAUUUGGUAGAGAGGGCAUGUGGGGUAAAAUUGUGUCAAGAUCUCCGAUAAUUUAAUCUAGUGUCAGACAUGAUCUCAGAACACUGACAAAGAUCAUUUGAUAAACACUUAAACUUAAUUCUACCAUAUGUGACAAGUGAACAAAUUUGAGGGAAAGGCAAUGAUGGAAAACCCUCCUCAAAGCAAGGCUGACUUUGACUCUUUUAUAGAUUCAAAAUUUUCAGUGCCACUAAAUAGCCCAACAUUUAAGACUUGUUUUGUAAAUGGAAACAUUGUUUGGCUUUACAAAGAGUUAAAAAAUUUUCAAAGUGUUGUAGACUUUCUGCAAAAGCACAGCAAUAGAGAGAUUUUAGCAAACCCGAGUAGCAUGCGCUUUGUAGUCAGAAAAUGUGUUAUGAAAGUAAAAUGUUGGCGAACUAAUUUGAAAAAACAUUGGAUCGAAAUGCACACAUUCUUGCAAACAGAUGUAGUGGCUAGACUUCCACAGAAACGAGAAACAAGUUCACAGGAGACUUCUGUUCCUGACUCUCAUCUUGAUGAACUUCAUUCUGCCGUGCCUCUGGUAUCUGUCCCGCUUAUGCAGUCAACACCUGUUACUGCUGCUCCUCCGUUUCUUCCUCAGACUGAAGUUUUUUUAGAUCAUGCAUAUGCAGUCACACCUUCAACUGUCACCAUGACAAGUCAGUCACCGCAAUAUCUUCUUCAGUCGGUUCCAUCGACAUUUCUUGUUCAGUCGUCUCCAUCGACUCCUCGCCCAGUUUCACCGGCACCUAUUCAGUCAAGUCCAUCUACUCUUCCUCAACCAGUUUCAUCGGCACCUUCUGUUCAGUCUUUUCCAUCGACUCUCCAUCAGCCGCUUUCAUCGGCACCUAUUCAGUCGUUUCCUUCGACAUUUGUUUCUCCAGUUAUAGCAACUGCAUUUCACCAGGAUGACCUACCUGACUUGACCCCUAAAUCCCGCCAUGCCUGUGGGAGUUGUUCAAAUUCAAAGCAGAGCUUGUCUGAACAAGUUGCCAAAAACAAAAUACUUAAGAAAGCAUUUAUUGCAGAAAAGAGAAAAAAAAUUGACAUGAGAAAACAAUAUAAUGUUGGCAGAGUGAACCAAACAUUUGCCAGGAAUAAAGAAAGAAUCGAUAAGUAUCGGGACACAAUUGCAUGCCUCAAAAUAGACAUUUCACAACUAACCAAAGAAGUUGAAAAUUUGAACAAACAGAAUAAAAACUUAGAACAAAAACUUUCUGAACAAGCUAAAGUUGCAAACAAAGCUAAGAAAGAACAAGACACUCUAACCCGUAAGGUGAUAAAACUUGAAGAGGCUCUUAAAGAGCAAUACCAAGAUUUAAAGAGAGAUAAAAAAUAUAUUUAAAAAAAGGACGUUCUAAUUGAUCAUUUACAUGACAAAUUAAAUGAUGAAAACAAUGUUCUAACAUCAUGUAAAAUUAACGAAAAACAAUA